AUGGAUGCAUUGUGGAGUUUAGAAGACAAAUGGAAGCUCACAACUCAAGAAGCACUUCUAUUGUUCGUGUGCACCGCCAUCACCGUAAUUGGGCUUUGCACGGCGACAAUCCUAAAGACGAAGGCCCAAAGAAAGGAGAUAGCGGAUCGAGAAGAUGGUCGAGGGAAAUGGGCCGAGCCAAGUUGCAAUUGGGUGUCGAUUAAGAGGAUGUUGAUGGGAUCAGUGAGGUGGAGUGGAGCAAACAAAUGGGAGGAGAGGGCGCCACCGUUGUUGGGCCUGAAGGAAGGCUACCAGGGGAGUGUGGGCUGGCAAAGCCACAACUCGGACUCGCCGGUGUGGCAGCGGCCUAUACUUAUGGGGGAGAAAUGUGAGCUUCCAAGGUUUAGUGGGCUUAUUCUAUAUGAUGAAAGCGGUAAGCCAGUUGAUCACUCUCUCAAGGAAACAUCUCCCAAACCUGAUAUUCACCAGCUGGAAAAACCAGUUGCUGUUGUGAGAAUCACUUUGAAGGACUUGCUUUAA